CCUGCGCCAUCGAAUUUUUCUCCCUUCGCGCAUCGUCCUCUGCAAGUCCAAACCUGUCCGCAGGCUAGCUUAGCACACAAACGUCAUUUGCGGCCUAGCUGUUGCAAAACUUUGGGCCUUUGUCGUGACGGGGACGACUGCCGCCUCGAACUGCCUGUGCUGCACUGUGCGGAGCGGCUCGGUACCCAGGUCGUCGCUCGCAGACUCUUUCACACGCGACCCGGCGUCAAGAUGCCGCACAAGCACAAGAGGAGGAAGACCAGCGACGACGCGGCCUUUGACCUUCCUCCAACGACACUCGCAAAAGCACUGCCCGUGAAAAAUGCCACCGCCAAGCCCACGGAGGGUAAACAUCAUAUCAGCCAGCAGAAAAAGAAGAAGAACAAGGAGCAGGCGUACCAAGAUGAUACGCCCCGGGCGUUUAAGCAAUUGAUGCAGCUUCGCAAAACCGGUAAAGGCUACAAGGGUUUGGACGACGGUCCGCAGAAGCGGCAAGCGCAGCAAAAAGCGGGAGACAAGCGGAAACGCAACCAGGACGACCAGGAGCCCGAAGACAGACCAAGCGAAGAGGCCGAAUCCAAGCCGGAACUGAAGAUACGGCCUGGCGAACGGCUGAGCGACUAUGCGGCCCGCGUCGACCGAGCUCUGCCUGUGGCGGGACUCAUCACAAAGAACAACAAAGUUGAAGGCAUGAGGGAGCAGCGCAAGACUCGGCACGAGAAGAAGCUCCAGCGGCUGGUGAACAAUUGGAAAGCCGAGGAGGCGAGACGCAUCGAGAAGGCCGAGGAAGAGUGGGACGAAGUCGAAGAGGAAAUCGACGAGCAGAAGGCGAUGUGGGAAGCGCACGCGCCGACGAGUCGCAAGAAGGCCAAGCGAAAAGGCAACGACGACGACCCGUGGGCGGAGCUCAAGAAGAAGAGGGACAAGCCGAAGGGCGUGUUCGAUGUCGCGCAGGCGCCGCCGCAGUUCACCAAGGUGCCGAAGGCAUUCAAGAUCAGAGACGGCGCCGGCGUCAAGGUGGACAACGUGCCGAACGUGGGCAGCCUGCGCAGGCAGGAGAUUCUCAGCGAGACAAGGCAGGAUGUCAUCAACAGAUACAGGCAGAUGAUGCAAGCAAAGCGAGGAGAAGCCUGAGAGACUUGCAUCGCCUUGGAAAAGUCGAUGUGAAUGCGCCCCGUGCCGCGGGGAGCCCCCUCUGACGGCACAGCGGCGUCCAGAUAGCUAUAGUGAUACCCGCACUUCGCUUGGAGUGUACCGUAGAAGGGGCCUGUAUGAAUGUAAAGCAAAGCUCUUGCAAGCCAUGCUGUGCUCCCCCACAGGCGUUCCGCACACAUUGCUCUUGAC